AUGGGGAUUCCUCGUCUCAUAUCUACCCUAGAGCCCUACGUUGUUCAUGGACGCCUUAACGAUGAACACGUAGUCGUCGAUGGGCCAGCAUUAGCUUAUCAUAUUUUGUACAUCUGCAACAGACAUGGUAUUCCUCAGCCGUCAUACAAACUUCUCGGCGAGACCGCUGUGUCAUGGUUGGAUGAACUCACUCGGCGUGGUGUAGGCGUCGACGCCAUAUAUUUUGACGGAUAUCUCCCAAAAGGAAAAGAACCCGUUCGCAUGGAGCGCAUGCUCAAAAGUCUCAAUCAAUUGAAGGCCUCACACUCAUCUGAAACCAAUGGUUUCUUCCCGUCCUACUUCUCGGCCGCCAAUGAAGUUGCUCCAGUCCUCUUCUCUACAGUUAAGCCACCAGGAAAAUCGGCAUUGCCACCCAGUUUUCAUGUCCCUGCUAUCAUUGAUGCCUUGAGAUCUUCGCCGCGCUACACCAAGAUAGUCUUUCUUGUCCCGGGCGAGGCAGAUGCAUACUGCGCACAGCAUCUGUCGCAAUCGGGCGGGACGGUUCUCACCUCCGACUCUGAUCUUCUAGUCCAUGAUCUUGGCAAGGGAAGGGUCGUCUUUUUUCGCGACAUUUAUCUUGAUGAUCACUCCAAUCUCGCAUGCGCAAGCUUUAGUCCCUCCCACAUCUGCGAGAAACUCAAGCUUGCCUCUUCUGCUGAGAUGUGCCGAUUUGCUUACGAACGAAAACGGUCCGCCCAUUCGACACUUCCACAACUCUUGCAGGAGUGUGCACAACCAAUCACCGCCAAAACGGAUUACACCGAGUUCUGUCACGAGUAUCUAGACCAUGUAGUUGCACCGAUCCCCACAUCAAUAUACGGAAAAGUAAUAGAAAUCGGCUCACUGGACCCCAGAAUAUCGGAGAUGAUACUGCAACUGGGACCCCAGAGUGGCCACAUGCACACUACAAGCGAUCCCAAGAUGUUUCUUCCUAUUCUGCUAGAGAGUCCUUCGCGGGGAAGUGCCUGGGAACAGAGCACGGCAAUUCGACAAUUGGCUUACACAGCAGCCAGAUGGAUCAUUCCUGGUGCUUUAACACCUGUUCAGGAGUACCGGAGGGUCAACACUCUGGCACAAAAAGGGCGACAGGUUGCUUUGCUGCCCCAGAAAGAAGCGAAAGCUUGGUCCCAAGAGUUGGCCAGACUAAUGGCCAUGAUCAGAGCAGGAUCACAAGUCGACAUAACUCGGGCGUGGUACAUCCUGUGCCUGACUCUUGAUAUACGGUAUAGCCAUGAAGUUGGCAAGCGUUCACAUUCACUGCAGAUUUUGGAAGAGAGUUUACAAGCUCCAACUUCUAGGAAAAUUACUUGGGAUACUCUUCACUUUGUUGCUCAUCUUCAAGCCGCUCUUUACUCGUUUCGACUCUUGAAGCAAAUCAUCUCACUUGGACAGCUUCAGACAACCCUACCAGAGCUGAAUGACAUGCUGUCGUCAUUACCACCUCUGGCGGAGUUCCCUGAUGUGGAGAGAACAAUUGUGUUUCUGCACGAAGGCAAUGAGGGCCAGAUCUACAAGACAAUUUCUAGGCUUGUCCCAUUGCCAAAUGCCAGCCUCGACGCAGUGUCAAAAAGAACUGCCAAAGAUAAGAAAAAACGGAAGGUGGGUAAAGAUGAUGCCCCCAAAAGGCAGAACAACUCUGCCAAGUCAUCGUCCAGAAACUUCUUUGAUGUGCUGUCUCAAUGA